CUCUCCGCCGCCGCGCGAAUCAGUGGUGCACGGUCGGUCGCGCGGUACGCACGUCGAGUGAAUUGCGGAGAGCGACAGACAGCCGAGGCCAAAACCCGCAUACGCACGCACGCACUCACGGCGCUACUUCGCGACUCUACUUUCUACCGUGUCCCUCUGUCGUUGGUGCGCGCGCGCGCGCGCGACUCCGGUUCCGAAGGACGGACUUUUUCGUUCCGCGCGCGCAUUCUCGAGUUCGAUUCUCGGCGCGUCGACGUUUGGAUUUCACUCGUCCGAUUAAUCACUCUCCGCUUCUUCUUCCUCGCUGCACGGUGCACCACGCAGAGCCGAGAAUCGUUCAACAGCGAGAGUGGACCGGAACAUGAAAACACCUAUGGAGAAUCAGCUGUCCUGGCUUGCGUUGUUUAUGACCGCCCUUUAUUCCCUGCUCGCUAGCUGCCGAGGUGAAGAGUGCGGACACGAGGAGCUGGUGAGGUGUGCCAGGCCCCUCGAGAGAAUCAACAGCAACGAUCUGAGUUUCGUCACGAAAAAGGAGGAAUUCAACAAACUAUGCCCCGAUCUCGAAGCCGGUAUGAAAUGCAUCAAGAGAUACACGCUCAAUUGCAUGAAGGAAAAGCAGAGGGAGCACUUCAACUCGCUCUAUACCGGAACCAAUCAGGCCAUCAUGGAGCUUUGCCACGACGGUCCAUACCAGGACGAAUUCUUGAAACACGCACCGUGCAUGCAAAAAGUCAAGGCCGAGUACGAAAUGUGUUACAAAAAGUAUCAGAAGACCACGCAAGAGAUCGAAAGAGCUACGAACCGCACGGCGGGGGGUCAAGACAAAUCUAUCAAGUCCAUUUGCUGCGCCUUCAAGGAGUACUUGGAAUGCUCUCAUCAUACGGUGCGCCGUCAGUGUGGCGAUGAUACAGCGCGCUUUACGAAGGAUUUCCUCGAUAGAAUGUCAUCCUCGCUGUUAAAGACGCACUGCGCGCCUUACACGCACGAAGAGUGUGCUCUACACAACGGUGCCUCGAUGCCAAAUCUUUCCGCCAUUAUGCCAAUGACGCUUAUUCUCCUUAUGAGAUACUUCACGUAAUUGGCUUCGGCCAGGAUUAUUUUUUACCUUCGAACGAGAAAAGGGGGAGGAGCGAGAGCGAGGGAGGAAAACAGAGGAAAGAAGAAUCAUGGGAUAAAAGGAGCACGCAAGAAGAGGAAGACGCAAGGGUCGCUAAGGUGUGGAAGGGGGAGAGAGGCCACUCGGCUUUCAUCUUUCUUUGCUUCAGAGAGAAUAUGUUCCUUAUUUUCGAAGCGCUCGAAGAAAGAUCUGGGGAGAGAGAUCGAUCACUGAAGAGGAAGAGAUGGAAAGGAAUUAAGGACGGGAAAAGAUAGCGAGAGAGAUACACGGAGGAGGAGAGAGCACGGCGUUUCUUUCUUGGAAGAAAAUAUAUUUUUCAUUUGCGAGAUGGUGCGAGAGAUCACGAUAAUCACGAUUACGAGGGCAAGCAACAGCAGCAAAAGAUCAGUAUUGAAAGCUGAAAGGGUGGCAGAGGGUGGACACCCUGGAGAUAUGCGAUGGAAAGCACCGAAAGAACGGAGAGGGGGCAUCGCGGGAGCAGAUCAUCAGCGCGAUUCUCUUCUAUGCACGUCGCGCGGGAAUAUCGUAUAAAUCGAACGAUAAAAUAGACCGUGAUAUGACCGUGUCAGAGAAUCGUAUCGAUCGAUGGAUCCAUCAAUCUAUCGAUCGCACGUUCAAUACGCGAUCCGCUAUUCCGUAUGAUGCACCGUCACGCAAGACUGACCUGAUUUUCGCGCAGUGUCGCGAGAUAAAAACGAAAUAGGAGUACUCUUUAUUAACCGGAUUCUUCGCGAGCCGAAGAUCUUCGAAGACGAGUCGUGUCCGUAGUCGCGCGUUACCGUUCGGACGUAGUACGCCAGGCGAGAAUCCGGCAUUUGGGAAGCUCGGAAGCUCGGGAUGUUCAGAUGAAAAAGGUGGUAGAGGUAGAGAUUUAUAGCGAGGCGAGAGAAGGAGGCAAACGUGUCUUUCCGGCACGUUUCCGCCUGGAUUUCGGAAAAGGGCGCUCGUGCGGAACGAACGAACUAUCGUCGCCCUGAAAUCAAUUUCGUCGAAUAAUCACGAUCUAUCGAUUUGUGAGAGUACCGAGAGAAAAAGAGGGAAAGAGAGAGAAAGAGAGAUAGAGAGAUACGGAGAUCGCUGAUGGAAGAAAGUCUAAGCAGAGAGCGAGGAAUUUCCGUUCGCUUGCGGAGAACGGCGGAUAGAAUCACGGUACGUUCCUUUGCGCGGGAACGAGCGUGUUUCGUUAGAGAACGCGAUGCUUCCCGUGCAGAUCCGAUCGCCGUGCCGAUUUGACGAGCGUGCGUCGUUUCGUCGAAAGCUAAAGAGACGUUAAAAUCAACGUGCGGUAUUGCGUCCAAAAUGAAAGUUUUCGAGAGAGAGGAUGGGUAUUAACUACUUGCUCUCGGAACGCAGCGAGCCGAUAGGUAACGAAGCUUCCACCUAGGUAUGUCAAACUAAUUUUGCUUUGAACUAUAUGAGCACUUUUGCACCGUGUCGGAGAGUCCACGUGCUUUCAAUAUUUGCGAAAUUAGUGUAAUUGCGAAGAGCGUUUUUUCAUUUUUGGUGUUAUACUUUGGAUUCACGAAAAAACAGAGUUUCCGAAAAUUCCGUCUUGUCAAAAUGUAGAGUUAACGGAGAAAGUUUCGUCUAAUUUGAGAUAAUUAAAUGAUAUAAUUAGAAUUACCGGCGAAGUUCAUUCCGAUGGGAAUUUCGCGGGAACAUCUAGAUAAUGUUCGUAUGCGUGGGUGAUAUUUACGAAACGAUGAAUCGGUGAACGAAACAAACGGGGACUUCAGGAAGGGUUGCAGAGCUACUUCGCGGGACACUUGCGGUGCGUUUGACAUGUUUGUUUGGCAUGCCUGUUUGUACAAAUUCAACAUGUCAUGCGGGAUCCUAGCUAGAGCCGGAUAUUGAUAAGUCUAUAUUUUUCUGGGAUCCAACAGUUGUACGUGUUACCUAUAGAGAGAUACGCGACUCACACGCGAUUGCGAUUAUAUUCGCUGCACAAAAAGAUAGUAUUAGCACUUGCAUUAUCGUGUCUUAAUUAUAAUAAAUAGUUGAAGCGAGAAAAAGAGAGAAAUAUAUAUAUAUAUAUAGUAUGUGUGCGUGUGUAUAUGAAAGACUGCGUGACACAGAAAGCGUGAAAAAUACGCGCGGCCACAUUUCCACAUCGAAUCAAUUUUCAUAGCGUUUAUCACUGAAUUAAGGCAUUACGCGAUUCUCGAUGCGGUCAAAUUAUCGAUCCUUAGAUAUUUGUGCCUUGCUUUAUGUUACAGAAAAUUUGUCAGUAAAUAUUUUACGCUGGAACGUCUCGAAAGAUAUAACGAAUUAAUUGAUAAAUACUGGCGCUUAUAUUUCCUCGUCGUAUUGGUAUUAUGGGUAUUGAACGUUAUCCAAAAAUAAUCAUUUCGUAACAGAUAAUUCGAUUAAUUGACAAUUUUUAUGGCAUGUUUAUGACAUUACAGACUGUGUCAUAAACAAUUAUCGUAAUCAAUUGUUUGGCUUACGAGUUAUUAUAAAAUCCAUACGAGAAAGUCACGGCAUUUAAUCAAACGUGUCCCAUUCAUGCAAUUAUCGAUAUUUCUCUAUUAUCCAGCGCGCUGCGCCAUUCCGAAUAUAAUACAGAUUAAUAAUCUAGAAAUUAAAUUCCGUUCAACGGCAGGUACGUUUAUCGAUAGUCUCGCCCGUUUACGCGCGCGCGCGCGCGUGCGUGCGUGCGUGCGUGUGUCUGUGUGUCUGUGUGUCUGUGUGCGCAUAAUGCGAACUCGAUGUCGACAUCAUUUGUAAUUUAUUAUUUUCCUGAAUCCGCCGCUUUUAAUGGCAGCAUGUUAAAACAUAUGACGAAUUUUCAAUGUGGGGAGAACACGUUCUUCUCCCGCUUUCGAGAAUCGUGUAAUCCCAUGCUUCAUUGAGGGGAAACCACGGUAUGCCUGAACGGGGAUAAUUUAUUUGUAAUAUAGUUAAUUCAAGAGCAUUGUAAAUAUCGUCGAGCUUAAGAGUGUAAGAUAACUUAAAUACAUUCGCAAUAAAGUCCAUUAUUUUUCUUUAAAAAAAAA